AUGUUUAACGCCAACCGAGGAGCUUUCUCCUCUUCACAACCUUUUGGCUCAACAGCUAAUAAUAAUAGUUCGCCUUUUGGGAACCAGCAACAGCAGCAGCAGCAGCAGAAUAAUAGCAUUGCCAAUCCACAGACCCAAUCAGGCUUCGGUGGGUUUAACUCGAUGAAUAACAACCAAAACCCAAAUACAAACACAAAUACAAAUUCAAUGUUCGGAGCUUCGUCUAAUCAAAAUCAAACUUUUGGUAAUACCAACACUAAUAAUAAUACUGCAUUUGGCCAAACUUUCGGUAACAACAACAACAACACCAGUAACAAUGCAUUCGGUUCCGGGUUUGGAUCAAACACUAACUCAAAUAACACCCCAUUUGGAAUGAAUAAACCGGCAUCUUCCGGUGGCAUGUUUGGUCAAAGCAAUAACCUUUCUGCAUUCGGUCAAACCCAAAAUAACAAUGCUUUCAACACUAUGAAUAACAAUCAGCAACAGUCUACCGGUGGUCUAUUCGGCCAAGCAAAUAACCAGCAACAGUCCGCUGGGAUGUUUGGUCAAAACAAUACAAGCCAGCAAAACACUGGUGGUAUGUUUGGUCAAAAUAAUGCAAACCAACAACCUGGCGGUGGUAUGUUUGCUCAAGGCACUAAUCAACAACAAGGUGGGUUGUUUGGCCAAAAUAACACCAACCAACAGACUACUGGUGGGUUAUUCGGACAGUCUAACACAAAUCAACAACCUGGAGGUAUGUUUGGUCAGAACAAUUCGAACCAGCAACCUACUGGUGGUAUGUUUGGCCAAAAUAAUACAAACCAACAACCUGGCGGUGGUAUUUUUGGUAAAACAAAUGAGCAACAGAAGCCUGGUGGGUUCUUUGGGCAAAACUCAAUGAAUAAUAUGAAUCAAUCAAAACCAAUGUUUGGUCAAGCCAAUACCAAUGCCUCCCCGUUUGGCUCUAACGCCCAACAAACUAAUAGUGGUGGUAUUUUCGGCCAAAGUAACGCAAACCAGCAAUCUAGCGGUGGCAUGUUUGGUCAAAGUACUAAUCAACAACCAGCUGGAUUGUUUGGCCAAAAUAACACCAACCAACAGACUACUGGUGGGUUAUUCGGUCAGUCUAACACAAAUCAACAACCCGGAGGUAUGUUUGGUCAGAACAAUUCGAACCAGCAACCUACUGGUGGUCUUUUUGGUGCAAAGCCAGCUACUACUUUGAACUCUCCAUUUGGUAAUAACCAACAAACUCAACCUGGUGGAUUAUUUGGCGCCAAUACAAAUAAUAAUAAUAUAAAUCAACAACAACCUUCAGCUGGUGGUUUAUUCGGUAACAAUUCUAACACUCAACAACAAUCCACUGGCGGUUUGUUCGGAUCAAAACCUGCUGGUUUACAAACUGGUGGUUCAUUUGGAACUACAAAUACAUUGAAUCAGACAAACAAUACUGCAAAUACAGCGGCACCUGGACUUUUCCUUGGUUCUAAUAAUAAUACAGCCAACAAAACUGGUUCUCUAGGAAAUGGAGGAUUAUUUGGGAGCAAUAACGCUGCAACAACUACAACUAACACAGGAUUAUUUGGUUCAAAUGCUAAUACUUCAACUUCUACAAAUAGUGGAGGGUUAUUUGGUUCUGCUCCAAAACCUGAAAGCGCUGGUACUUCAUUAUUUGGCAACAACACUACAGGUUCAUCAACUGCUGGAAAUGGUGGUCUAUUUGGAUCCAAACCUACGGGAACUACUAUGGGUACAGGUAAUACAACUGGAGGUCUGUUCAGUAACAACACCACAACUGGAUUCAAUACUAUGGCACCAAAGGCCACCACUGGAGGGCUAUUUGGUUCUAUGAAUAAUUCACAAGCAUCAAAUCAACAAAAUCAGCAGUUAGCAUUUGGACAAUCAUCAUCUCAGCCUCAACAGGGCUCAAACGCUUACGGUAUAACUGAUUUAUUCACUAGAGUUUCCGUACCAAGUUCAAUUACACAAGUUAGUAAACCUAGCGCUACAAAAAUUAAUGCAGAUGUUAAGAUGGGAGCAAGUUUGACAUCCGCGUACAGAUCUAUUCCAAAGCCUCUAUUUUCCGUGAAGUCAUUAACUUCUAAUUCAUUAACAGUUAGCACGGCCAAUCAGGAACAAUCAUUGUUAGAUUCUAAUGAGAGUUCUACUUUGGAUGGUUCAGGAGCUUUCAUUUGCGAAACAGAUGAUAUGUUUCAAAGUUCAGCAAAGUUAUUAUUUAAUCCUGAUAAAAUGAGUUUUAAAACGCUCAUCGAAAAACAAAAAAAGUCUGUUAACGAACAAGAAGCUGAAUCUAGUAUCGAAGUUAGUAACAUUACUAGCCAAUCUGCAAUCCCGCAAUCAGCCGAAUCUAUAAAAGCAAUUGGUUUUGAUGAUAAAAUGACUACCGAUAAUGAGACUGAUAGUAUUGUAAAAGAAAAAGAAGCUCAAUUAAUGAAGUUAACAAAACAAUAUGGAAUAAUUAACGAUGAUAUCACAUUUACUGACGAUAAUUACUAUAUUUCCCCUUCAUUGGAAACAUUGAGUUCCGUAGGUUUGAUAAAGCUAAGAAAAGUAAAUGGAUUAACUAUCGGUCACAGAGAUUUCGGUAAAAUUGAUUUCUUAGAAACUGUUGAUCUUUCAAAUGUCUCAUUAGCUUCUCUCUGUGGCAAUAUAGUUGUGUUUGAGAAUAAAAAUUGUGCUUUAUAUCCAACAUCUUCUUACAAACCUAAGGAAGGGGAGGGCAUUAAUGUCCGUGCAAGAAUUACUUUAUACAAGUGUUAUCCAGUUGAUAAAUCUACCAGACAACCUAUUAAAGAUGAAUCACACCCAUUGUUGAAGAGACAUAUUGAACAAUUGUCCAAUAAAGAAGGAACUGAAUUUGUCAGUUAUGACUCUGUAACAGGUAACUAUGUUUUUAUAACUGGUUCCCCUGUACGAAACUAA